UAUUAUUGUCGUGUGAUUAUUUUACGACCCUUAAGAAAAAAUGGUUUAUCCGCAUACAUACAGGACGGAGCACAGUGAAACCCUUACCACCAAUUGCGUUUACGGCGAUUACUAUGCGAGCAGGCAAAGCAGAAAGAUCGCCAUUUCACCCGCACUUUUGAAAAUUUUGCAGUACAUCGAUUCGAACCGCGCUCAGUUUUUGGAAAACAUUAAGGAAGCUGUGAAAAUUCGUUCAGUUAGUAAUAAAUUGAAAUACCGAGAUGAAAUUAUUCGAAUGAUCAGAUUCACGGAAGAAUGGUUGAACAAACUCAACGUUAAAUACGAAUGUUUCAAUAUCGGGUUUCACGAUGUGGACGGUACUAGAGUUAGAUUACCUCCUGUCAUCCUAGCGUCUGUUGGAAACGAUCCUAAAAAGAAAACUGUCUGCGCUUACCUUCAUCUCGACGUACCGGAACCUGAUUUGUCGACAUGGAUUGAAAAUCCGUGGGAUCUUACUCAAAAAAAUAACACGUUUUACGGAUGCGGCACUUGUUGUGGCAAAGGUCCCCUGUUGAUGUGGUUCCAUGUAGUAGAAGCGUUCCAGAAUUCUGGCAUCCAAUUACCAGUGAACAUAAAAUUUGUAAUAGAGUCCAUGCAUCAUCAAAAAAGUAGGGGUUUGGCUGCCUUCUUAGCGACCAAAACUCAAAUCUUUUUCUAUGACGUUUAUAACGUGGUUAUAUGCGAAUCGGAAUGGAUCGGGGAAAAAUAUCCGUGUUUGAUUUACGGAUGCGUAGGUAUUUUGCACUUUGAAGUAUCCAUAACAAAGUCGGAGACGUCCAGCGCAGAUAUUAGGGAAGAUAUGGAAAAAAUUGUUGCGAAUCUGACGGAUGCUGAAGGAAAUAUUCUUAUAAGGGACUUCAAUGAGUAUGUUGAACAAAUUACGCCGGACGAAGAAAUUGAAUACGAAAAUAUACGAGAUUUUGAUUGUGAAGAGAUAAGAAAUAAUCUUCCGGAGUUUAAAAGAUCUUGGGAUAAAGUAAAACUAUUGAUGAGUUUUUGGAGGUUGCCGUCCAUAAUAUUGCACGACACCCUCGAAUGUAUCUGCGAUAAGAAGGACUAUUCCAAAAUUAAGAAGAUCUUUACUUUGAAAAUUGUUCCGCGACAGGUUGUUGAUCAGGUGGAAAAAUCAACAAAACAGCACAUCAGAAAUACUGUCAAAGAACUGAAAAUCGAAAAUAAUGUCACCUGUGAACUGAUGUCGUCCACAAGGCCCUGGUUCGAAAACUUCAGAUUGCCUUGUUAUAAUGCAGCAAGGAGAGCGUGCAGGCAAAUUUACAAAGAAGAUCCAAAUAUGAUUCGAGAAGCUAGAGCCAGACAAGCUGUUACAAUUUUCGACAGAGUUUUAGAGAAAAACAUUGUGAUGUUGCCUUUGUCAUGUAGAGGCUCCAACCCUGGUGAACCCAACGAGAAUAUUUCGAGCAGGAAUUUUUAUGAGGGGACCAAAUUAAUAGCAGCUUAUUUAUUUCAAAUGUCAAAUAUUUAG